AUGUAUAUGGAGAAGUCAUCUCAAGAUUAUCCACAUCAAAGAAUGGUAAAGUCAUACGACCGUUACGAGCAAGAUGCCUGUUUCGGUGUCAUUGGCGGCACGUCCAAUAUCCUUUGGCUCCCGCCAGCGCCUACCCAGUCCAACAAGUCCGUGGGAAGGGCUGUUCUGGGAGGCCUAGAAGAGAUUUUGAUUUGGGACAUCAAGACCGGUGAACUCAUGACAAGAUUGAAAGAUGGCCUUACUCCAGGUGCUUCGAAUGCUCCUACUGCUUCUCCCCCAGCCACUGUUGUUGCUCUUGCAUUCCACGAACCAACCAAUAUCAUUGCAGCUGGUCAUAAUGAUGGUACUAUUAAGAUCUGGGAUUUGACUUCUGGGUCUGUGAUGGUUACUUUCCUGGGCCAUCGCUCUUCGAUCAGUGUUUUACAGUUUGAUAGAACGGGAACCAGAGUUAUUUCAGGCUCUGCUGACUCGUCCAUUAUUAUGUGGGACUUGGUCGGUGAAGAAGGUUUGUUCAAGUUGAAGGGCCACAAGAGUCAAAUCACAGGUCUUUCUUUCUUGAGUGAAAACCCAGAAUCUAAGCAAGAUGAUGAGUUUGAAGAUUAUGUGGUUAGUGUUUCCAAAGACGGUUUGGUAAAGAUGUGGGACACUUCUUCUAAACAGUGCAUUGAGACUCACUUGGCUCACUCUAGCGAGUGCUGGUCUUUGGGCUUGAACUCCUUGCAAGAUAUGCUCAUUACAUGUGGCAGCAAGGACCAGGUGAAGAUCUGGGAGAUCGACCUUUCUAAGGAAGAUGGCCAGAAGAUCACCAGUAAAGGUGAAUUCGAGAAACAGAGUAAGAGCAGAUGCACUAAUAUUCAAUUCAGCACGCUCAAGGAUACCAGUAGCAGUUAUGAAAUGUUUUACUUGCAGAAUGCCGACAGAACAACAGAAAUCUUCAGAAUUCGUUCUGCAGAGGAAAUCAAGAAAGGUAUUGCAAAGAGAACCAAGAGACUCACAGAGAAGGGACUCGAUGAGGAUGAGAUCUUGCAAUCGCUCAGAGAAUCUGAAAUCAGCAUGCUCAUAACACCAUUGACAACUGUCAGAACCAUCUCCAAAAUCAAGUCUUGUGUAUGGGUGAAGUCCUCCAGAAAGAGCAUGGACUUGCUUCUAUCAUUGACAAACAACAGCAUCGAAUACCAUAGCAUUGCUCUACCCGAGCAAAUCAGAAAGGCCCAGGCCAGCGAACUUAAUUCUGUUAAAGUGCACUCCAUUGACCACAGAGGCCACAGAACUGAUAUCAGAGCCAUGGACCUUUCUGACGAUAACCGUCUCUUAGCCACUGCUUCUAACGGUGAGUUGAAGAUCUGGAACACUAAAACCGAAAACGUUUUGCGUACAUUUACGCUUGAAAGCGGCUAUGCUUUAUGUUGCAAGUUCUUGCCUGGUGGAACCUUGGUUGUGGUUGGUUACAAGAAUGGUGACUUGGAGCUUUACGAUCUUGCCUCAUCUUCUUUAAUCGAUAAGGUCGAGAAAGCUCAUGAAAAUGCAUCGGUGGUUGUCAACGGUAAGGCUGACGAUAACCGUUCGGCUAUCUGGUCCAUGGACCUUACUCCUGAUGGUAAGACUAUCAUCACUGGAGGCAAUGAUAAAGCUGUCAAGUUCUGGAACAUCAAGGUUGGUCAGGAAUUGGUAGCUGGUACAGGAAACACCAUUUCCACAUUAAAACUUGUACAUACCCAGACACUUGAAUUGCCAGAGGAAGUGUUGUGUGUUCGUGUUUCGCCUGACUCCCGUCUUCUUGCUGUUUCUUUGUUGAACAAUAACGUCCAGGUUGUUUUCAUGGACUCAUUGAAAUUGUUCUUGACGCUCUAUGGUCAUAAAUUGCCAGUCCUUUCCAUCGAUAUUUCCCACGAUAGCAAAAUCAUCAUCACAUCUUCUGCUGAUAAGAACAUCAAGAUCUGGGGUUUGGACUUUGGUGAUUGUCACCGUUCCAUCUUUGGUCACCAAGAUUCCAUCAUGAACGUUCGCUUUAUUCCUGAAAGUCACAACUUCUUUUCUUCCGGUAAAGAUGGUAUGAUUAAGUACUGGGAUGGAGACAAGUUCCAAUGCAUUCAAAAACUCCCAGCCCAUCAGAGUGAAGUGUGGGCACUUUGUGUCAGUCGAAGCGGCACAUUUGCUGUUUCCACAUCUCACGACCACUCGAUCAGAAUCUGGAGUGCCACCAAUGACCAGGUGUUUUUGGAGGAAGAGCGUGAGAAGGAAAUGGAUGAGCUUUAUGAGAAUGAGGUUUUGGAUUCUUUAGAAGCUGUGGACACUAAAGGCGGUAAAGCUGAUGAUGACGAAGAGGAAGAAGGUGACGGUGUUGAAGGUGUUAGUAAGCAAACUACUGAGACCCUUAAGGCUGGUGAAAAGCUCAUGGAAGCUCUUGAUAUUGGUAUUGAAGACUUGGAUGCCACCGAAGCAUACGAAUUGCAAUUGCAGCAGUUCAAGUCCAAGAAACCUGGUGUGAUGAACCCACAGAAACCUACUCCACACUCGAUUUUAUUGGCAUUCGGCGUCACCGGUAGCCAGUAUGUUCUCGAUACCAUGACGAAAAUCAGAGCCGCCCAAAUCGAAGACGCAUUGCUUGUGAUGCCAUUUUCCUACAUUCUUAAGCUUUUACGUUUUGUGGAAAUCUGGACCAACAAGGAUAACAUCACGAGGAACCUCAUCAACCUUCAGUCAAUCUGCAAAGUACUCUUCUUCGUUGUCAGAACCAACUCCAAGGAGCUCGUCAACCAGCGUGAUCCAAAGAUCAAGACACAUUUGUUAAAGGUCAAAGAACAGCUUCGAGGCGAAUUAACCAAGGCUUCUGGCCAGCUCGGCUACAACACCCAAGGCUUAAUGUUCAAGCGUAACCAGUGGAAGUUGGAGCACGAGACCGAGUUCAUCGACGAAGGAGAACAAAGGGAGCACGAAGACAAAAAGGCAAUCAAGAGAACGUUUGCCACAGUAUAA